GCGUUUCGGGUACACAGAUUUCGGCCCGAACCUGCGUCGUUCCGCCGAAAAACUCAGUGCGUUGUUCUCCAACCAUUUUUCCCAUAAGGUUCGUCUGAUUAGGCAGACAGACGGAGUCGUCAAAUUUUACGACGCCCUGAAACCGGAAUCCCAGCGCCGACGUUUAAACCGUUGGCAACGUUUUGGCGAACAACAGUUUGCGCAGGGGAUGAGCCGCGAUCGGACGUAACUUUGGGAGUUCUUUUCGACCCGGAAAAGCUCAGUGAAAGUGUGUUUGUGUGAUUAGAAGGACUAGGACGGGUUUGUGAAGACCAACCGCGCAAGGAUGACGGUGGCAAGUGUUUCGAAGAUGGCCCCGGGACGGGAUAUCUCCCCGGGAGCCUCGGUCCAGGGCAAGGACAAAAGCUCCACCAAGGAGAUCAUUACCGAUACCAACAACAAUGCCGUCUCGAUGGGCGACGACAAGUCCAUCAGCGACCGCGAGCUGGACGCGUACAUGGAGCGGUACAACCGGUGGCAACAGUCCGCGGCCGGAAAGUGGGCCCAGGACAAGCUGGCCGAUUGGACCGGGCUAAAGUUCGAUAAUGAAAUCAAGUGGAAGAAUGUGUUCCUUCUCGGAACGUUGCACCUGGUGACAGCGGCGUUGUUUUUCGUGUACGUCUGGGAAGCCACGCCGGUUACCUAUCUUUGGUGUUUUUUCGUCGGAGGCUGUGCCGGUUUCGGGGUGACCGCCGGUGCCCACCGGCUGUGGACUCACCGGGCUUACAAGGCAAAUCUACCCCUGCGCGUUAUCCUUAUGUGCUGCUUCUGCAUGUCCGGUCAGAACACCUUGUACGACUGGAUCCGUGACCAUCGCAUCCACCACAAGUACUCCGAAACGGACGCCGACCCGCACAACUCGAACCGGGGCUUCUUCUUCGCCCACGUCGGUUGGCUGUUGCUGAGGAAGCAUCCGGAGUGCAUCAAGAAGGGUCGGUUGAUCGACAUGUCGGACAUUAUGGCCGACCCUGUCGUCCGAUUCCAGGAGAAGUACUUCCCCCUGCUGAAGACGCUCUUCACCUACGUCAUUCCCUCGGUUAUCCCGUGGUACUUCUUCGGCCAGGACUUCAUGCUGUCCUUCCUGUCCAACUGUCUGCUCCGAAACGUGCUGACCCUUAACUUCACCUGGUUGGUCAACAGUGCCGCCCACAUGUACGGCAGCAAACCGUACGACAAUCGCAUCCAACCCGUCGAGAACAAGUGGGUAUCGAUGGUAGCCAUGGGUGAGGGCUGGCACAACUAUCACCACGUGUUCCCGUGGGACUACAAAGCGGCUGAGCUGGGAGACUACAAGGUCAACGUUUCCACCUUCUGGAUCGACCUGUUUGCCAAAAUUGGCUGGGCGUGGGAUCUCAAGGAACCCUCCAAAGAACUGGUGAAACGAACGAUCGCUAAAUACGGUGAUGGAACUCACAUCAACGGCAAGAUCGAACACCUUGCGGAGGUUCCCUAUCCGGAUACGCAAAAGACGCAGUAAGAUCAGCUCAGCUGACUAGCCCUAAGCUCUAUCUCCCCCGUUAUAUCCAAACUCUGUGAGUAGAUGUAGUGAUAAGAAAUAAGGAAUAAACAACCAAAAUACCUUCCUAUUGUGUUAAACAUA